GAAGUGGCAUCUACAGGGGCAAAUCGAGGGGUUUGAUCGCAGAUCGCCGCAGUGGAAAAUAUUUCACAAUGAAGUCUAUCGUGCUGACCACUCUUUCGGUGUUCUUGGGACUCUUCUUCAUAUUCGUCGGUUCGAUGAAAGUGACGCCGAACAUCAACCGUGAGAUGCACCGGGAGAUCAGGCGCAACUUUGUCCAGUACUCCAAGGUGUUUCCCUUCAGCAAGCUGCUUAACUUCAAGAUGAACCCCAAGAUUUACCGGCUCUUCAUUGGCUGGUCCGAGGUGGUCUGUGGGACCAUCCUUGUGCUUGUACCAGGCCGUAUCAAGCAGCUGGCCAACUUGGCCCUCCUCGUGCUGGUGCUGGGCGCCGUCUACACGCAUGCCGCCCUGCGAGACAAGUUUGAGCGCAUGGCGCCCUCCAUCGUGUUCAGCCUUAUGCUAGGAUGUCGCCUGGUUGUCUUCUACCAGGUGCAGGGCCGCGAGCGCAAGAAGCAAGCCCUCCACGCCACGAGCUCCUCCGCGGUGGCCGCAGCAGUGGCUGCCCAGCAGUCUCAGGAAGCAGCCGCGAGACCCAAGGUCGACUGAACCCAAGGUCGGCUGGGCCCGUUGUUCGGUAGUGGUCACUUGUGCACGCGUUCUCGGGCAUGAUUGGGCGCGAUUACUUUUUAUGCAGUACGGCGGUCACGGAUUGAGACGCGACAAUUUAGGGCUAACUUACGGAAGUACUUUCGUUACCGCCGUCUUCAGCUGGUGUCAUAUUGGCGUAAUUUUGAUUCGAACACUUACACCGGAGCCAACAUUGCCUUUAGCGCCCAGUUUCGUAGUCACAUGACAUAGUUGUCGAGCGAUUGCGCGUACUAGUCAUUUGACUAAAAGAUUUGAUGUCGCGUUUCAAUCUGUGAGCACUGUGCUUCGAUACCUUGUUAUAACUGAAGUUGCAUCGGAAAUUACAAUACAGUCAUACGAUGUUACAACUAAGUGGUUGCGGCAUUCAAAAUAUGUCAUUAUAAAAGUUGCAUUGUUAUAAAGUUCAUGCCCCACAAUAGUCACAACAUAGUCAGUACGUAAGGAAUUCCUCGUUAUUCUGUUGUAGAGAUUUUCGUGGUGGAGGCAUUGAACUGUAUCUUUAGUACAUUUGAUAUUCAUUGUAAGCAUAAAGGCUGAUAUUGUCAGAUGCAGUUCUAAAGGUUCAUGAAUUGACCACGGAGUUGGCGGCCAUCUGCAAAUUGCAAUGUCGCAAAUAUACAUGCAGCGGAUAUCGCCUUCUAUUACUGCAUAAGUGUGGCACGUUUUUUUUCUUUGUCAUCCCAUCUUAUAUGUAUCAGAAGAACUCGCAUUGUUUUAAUGUGAAGCUGUUGAACGAAGAGUUUAGACACCUGGCUAUGGGUAUAUUACCACAUUUUGUUGUUAACAUUUACAAAGUGAUUCUACAAAAAGUGGUAGGUUUCAAUCGCAUUUCCCUGAAGAACACUUGCUAAACACAAAAUUACUUUUCUUUUUGAUAAAAUUUGAGCACUGUGAAUCUCCGCUUGUAGAUCACGCAUGGUUGCUGUUUGAGCGCACAGAUGGAACUGAGUUAUAUUGAGAUAUCUUUCGGAGGAAACGUACAAGUUGUAAAAAACAGUAACGGCACGUAGCCUUGCCCAACGAAUCAAGACAAGCAUUUAAUUCUGUAAGCCAUCAGCGAAGAAACUGGCUGAUGCUGAUAGAAGUCAAUACUAUAGUGUACAGAUAGCCUAGGGCAUCCAAAUAUUUAUUGUAGUCUCUUGCUUUACGGCAGCUAAAGCCCGGUGAUGCGUCAGCCUCGCAUUUUCAUUGCUUUCCGUACGUGUCUUGCUUCCGUCGGCAGCCAAUUUACAAUUAGUGCACCAUAUUUACUUUUCUUGGCUGUAACCUUGUGCAAGCUUAAGCAAGCGCACAUUUUUGAACUAGUCAUCUGAUGGCAAACAAAUAGUCUUUUAUUUAUAAAUAAUAGCAUUUAUGAAAGCAUCUUCUGAAUGUCAGCUUAUUACAGUCGUGAGCAUUGGCCGUGGCAUGGUCACCAUAAGAAUUCAAAAGGGUCACGGUGUGCCCACCUAAGUGAAAUGUAAACUGCAAAAAGGUAAAAGAAAAGUUAAAUACGCAUUGAUUGUUCAGCCAUCUCAGUGAUUGUCAUAUCAUACUAUAUCGUUUCUCUUCACAAGGGGUAUACACUGCUCCAGACAGUGGGCCUUCCUCCAUGCUAUCAUUGACAUUGGAUUUCUGGCACUGCACUACACUUUUUGACGCUGUCCAGUGGUGUUUUUGACGCAUUUAGGAGCAUGGUAGGCAGCAGGCGACAGAAUCCUUUAGCCCACCAGUGUACUUGGUGGUCCAGUAUUUCUGAAACAGAAACAAGUGCUGUGGUUUCACUCGAGAUCGGUCCUUCUGAGUUACGGACAUUCCUACGAUGAGCAUGUAAUGUCGUUUAGCUGUGCUUUCAUUGUUGAGCAUGUGCCACUCGGCCCUCGGUCAUGACAAGUCGUAUCUCUCUGGUGGCGUGUCCCAAACGAUGCCGAACGCUGCAGCGACGUACACAACUCUGCUCUUUAGGACGUUCUUUUAGAGAUCGGGCGCCCUCGAUUGAAUUGUGAGCGACAGAACUUUUGUAGGGUGCAAGUUUUGCAAGACAGCUUCAUUUCCCCUCAGUUCAAGGGUAGAGUCUUGCUCUGCAUGCUACUUUGAGCUAAAGCUUCACUGCGUAACCGAGUCCUCAACGCAUGUACAGUCACUGUUGAAAGUUUACCACGAGUCUCAGGAAAAAUCUGAAUAUUCCCGCUGCUUCAGCAGGCAGCCUUGAAUUUCGAUUUCUGGCCUGUUCUAAAACGCACUAACAAUGUGUGCUGUGCAGUUCGACCGAAUGCAGUCACAAAUUGCUGGGAAAUUAAAAGCUUUCCCAGACCUGGUCGUCUCUGAACUUCUGACGCCAACUGUACUUGUUUCUUUCUGUGCAUCAGUGUUUAUGAGCCCACGAGAAUAAGGAGCCUCGCUCCCUCGUUCUUUGAAAGGAUGCACAUUUUCUGGUGGCACGAGCACGACAGUACGUCUGGUUUGCAUGGGCCAUCAAUAGGUCCGGCCACAUGUUUAGAGACACUGAAAUUUAUGUCAAAGACUUUUCAUGUGUGUGCAUCACUGCACUACUGCCUUCGUUCUGAGAGACUGGCUUGCAUCUUUUAUGUUAGGCACUUUUAACCACUGUUAGGCUAACCACUAGUCAGAUCAGGAGGGUGGCAAAAAAUUAUUGCUGAUGUAUACGAAUCCGAGCAACUCAUGCACUCUGAAGACCGCAAAGCUGUGUAGGAGAUAUGUCACAAAUCUAAGACGGUGCUUUAUGUGAGGUCCCACAUGAGGACUGGCGAUGACGGGCUGCGGUCUUCUGGAUUAGCAGCAGGCACCAUCACUCACUGGCGAGCCUCUAGAUCAUGGGUUCUCAAACUGGGUUCCAUGGAACCCAGGGUUUCUGUGAAGGACGUUUUAGGGUUCCACGAUUGGUCAGAACGAAUGUGACCCGCUCCUGUUUUACCCCCAUCAGCACUUACUUUAUUUACUUAGACAAGAAAAUUUGUAUUGCAUAUUGCAUUUAACAGAGCCAUCGCGUGUUGCAUUCGCACAUCAGGUGCCUGCGAGUAGCAAAGAGACCCAUGUGGUAGCAGACCCAUCGUCUAGUGUGUGCCAUGAAAUUUUCACGAUUUGCAGACCCGCGGUGACAGAGUACGCGGAGCGCUGGUAAUUCAUGCUCGUGAGUGCAGUUUGUAACUGUCCAGGGUAUUAUCAUACUUGACGUCAUCCUCAAUUCGGUACGUGAAUCCAUCUGCCUAGACUGGACACAGAAGCUUGUUCGGCAUUGCUGAUCCAUGUCUGAGCAACAGGCGAGUGGCUACUUCAUUGCCUUGAGCUGAAGCUUAUUCAUCUUAGAAGUUUACGUAUGUACAGCCAUAUUUUGUGAAAAAAAUAUGUAGUUCAGAGAGGCAACUGUGUUCGCAAAGCUGGAACAAUAAUGUGAAAUACGAAAUUACGUAUUUUAAACUCUUGAAACAUUCUUUCAAGAUGAAACUUUUGUGUGCGUUAAUUUUGAGGUGAAAUCUUGAUUACUAGGAGAGAAAAGGAAGACCAAUUUUCGGUUUGCCGAAUCUCUUCACGAAGGCUCAUUGUGAUGUGGAUUUCAGUAUCAUUUUUUAUAUGUUAAACGUGUAUGUUACUUCAUAAAUUCGCUCUUAGAUACAUUGCGCUAGUUCAGUGUUACUGAUGAAUGGUUAACAAGGCUGGAGUGCAGACUAACCCUCCAGGGUGGUCUAGUGGCUAUAUUGUGCUCGACUGCUGACCCGAAGGUAGCAGGAUCGAAUCCCGGCCGCCGUGGCCGCAUUUCGAUAGAGAUGAAAUGCUAGGUGCACGUUAACCCUUUGUGGGUUUGCCUAUACUUUUGAUGUGAUGAUAUAAAAACUGGCUGUGGUGUAUUCAUAUAAGCUACCAAGAAAUAGUAUAAAACAAAUUUCAUCAAAAUCAAGCCAGUAGUUUACUGAAAAAAAAAAAGUGGGACAUAUAUGUCCAACUGACUCAUGAGAGUGGUUUCAAAAAGUGGGAAAACACUGUCCCACUGUCUCAUGAAGGCAACAUCUCGAGAUUGCAUCAACGGGUAUUUGGCAUGGAAACGGCCGAAGUAAGUCGCACAGGGUAUCAAUUCUCAAGUGGUGCUAGGGAAAGUUGUGCGGACCUCAUUUCCAGCAGUAGAGCACCACCUGCACCUGCGCCUCUUGCGAGCCUUCAUAGUGCCGUGGUCUGUUCCUGUAAAGCUUACUUCACCGCACACACCAACGAUUUUUUUUGUCCAUUUGCCUGUCCUUGCUUUGGCUGUCGAAAUUUUCGAGUACGCCUCUUGUCCCUGAAUAUGUGCCUACUUUUCAAGAGUUAUACGAUAUCAAGGAAAAGUAUUUCCACGCACGAAUAUCCGCAAUUACGCUGAGGAAUGAGCGUGGCAGUUUUGUUGGGGAUUGUGUUUCGAUGCAUUUAUCGGUCAAGUUAUUGCGAAAAUUUACAAAAGAACGUGAUGACUGGAAGCUAAAAUCACCUCUCUGAAAAACCAGAAAAAGAGGAAAUUAUCCGGCGUGUUUAGAUUGGUAGGUUCUUUCUAUCUGGAAGAAGAGGAAAAUUCAGAACCUAUCAUAAAAAAAUUUGUGUCGAAAUUCAGCACCAUUUUAACACAACUUCCGCCCUUCGAAAGUGUGGUAAAAGAUUUUUCCUCGAGAAUACGAAGACAUAGGUAAGAUAUGAGUGACUUAUCGUUGCGCUAAUUGCAACGGGGGAUGUGGGAGUUGUGGAAAAGUUGGGUGUAUGUGUCCCACUGUCCCAAAAAGGGUUAAAGAAACCCAGGUGGUUGAAAUUUCUAGGGCCCUCUACUACAGCGUCUCAUAAUCACAUCAUGGGUUUGGGAUGUAAAACCCCAACAAUUAUUGCGGAGUGCAGACUGUCAAAAUUCAUGACGUAACCUUACCACAGGAGAUUCACCAUGUGACUGCCAGAGUUCUGAAUUGCUUUACAUCCUUAAAAAAAUCCAUGUAUAUGUCUUUAUGUAUUGUCACUGUUUAUGUCAUUGUGCCAUAUUUUACCUGUUAAUUGUUCAUCUUCAAUCAGCCGCUGUCUUUAACCUUAAGUCAUGUAAGUGCAUUUCUAUAGCAGUCUCAGGCACCAUGCAUUGUGCUGACAGAACUUUGCAGUUGUGUUUGCAGACGCUAAACUUCUACAUUCUGGAAAUGAUGGCCUCUCUAUUAAAUAUAAAGUUAACUUCAUAUUAAGGUAUGUACUUCAUGGACAUGAACACCUUCAGAGGACACAGCAGUAUUGUUUUAAAGUGUCAAAUAGAAUAUAGCUAAGUGGUACGUAAGAACUGGUAGCAAGACUUGCAGCAAUUAGCAAGACUAACACUUCUAGUUUUGUAUAUAAUUAAUUAUUUCUAUAAAUAUUUAAACAAUUGUAAUGAAGGAAAACUUUUAAUACCGAAAAAUUCUGGCUAUUCCGACUCAUAAAGUGUUGCAUUCCAUUUACUUCCAUUCCAUUCUUGAAAGUGUGUGUUCCUUUUUUUCUGUUUUUAUAUGAUCUUACAAGCUUUUAUUUCCUAUGGCAGUAUUCACAUCGUGUAUGCUAAGGUGUCAGCACUGCAACUUGAAAGCACUUCAUUAGUUUUUUUUAUUGCUACAUUGAGUCACAGCGAACCUCAUUGAGCAACUAGCUCUAAACAGACUACUGAUCGGACCCAAGUUCUGAACACAUGCUCGUUACAUGACUCGAGGAUUACAAUGUUUAGUUCCUUGCGCUAAUGAUGCGGAGCAUGCGCACAAAGCAUAGGACAUGCAUCAAAACGUGUUUGUUGUACAUAACGUUUACAAACGUCAGUGCAUAAUCACUCCUCGUUGCACACAAUUUUGACUAUGUACUAAAAGGGCCUUCAUGUGGGGUAAGUGAGAUCCAAGGGCAUGUACAUCCGGCAGUCCAGAAACCACAGUUCUCACAAAGAAAAUUCUUUGCUAUUCCUUUUUUCGUACUGUACUUGUACUGGUGUGUGCUACUUAAGAUUUUAGCCUGCACAUUUGAGUAGUGGUGUGAAAAGUUCCAGCUUUUGUGUUUUGUGCAUACGCUACAUCUUUGUGAUAGAAGUUAGCAAAGCAGCAGUAACAAGUAGAACUUUUUGUUGGGCUAGUUGGCGCAUGUUUAACGGAAGGAAUAAGGCGUAAACAAGAACACAAGAAGUGACAUGGACGAAUGUGUUCAUCCAUUGUCACUUUUUGUGUUCUUGUUUACGCCUUAUUCCUUCCGUUAAACGGCAGUAGCAUGUUAGACCACAUGCCAGUGCUGCGAAACAAUAGUCUUUGCACAAAUGAUGACUUACAACUUUUUGAAAGAGUGAAAAAGGCAAAUUCGGGUUAGGAUAUUAUAGACAUUGACUGCAUUGUACUGCAGCUACAGUUAUAAUUGUUUAUCACUUAGCAACGAUCACAUUUCAUUUCAACGUAAGCAAAAACCCAGCCUUGAAGCUUUUUAGAAACUAUUAAUUCUUGUAAAAGUAGUACAUAAAAGCACCGUGCAGUGUAUAAAAAUGGGUGCAUGGCAGUUGCAGUGUAGCUUUGGUGUCGAUAAAGAAAGUUCGGCCUGUCAUUUUCUUCAUUAAUAACUAGCGUUGCCAUACGAUGGGAGUGCAGGUAAUACUAAACCUGAGACAACAUUCCGCCAGUGCAAGAUUACUCUUGCGUGCCUCGUUAACGUCUGUUCUUCGAACUUAUGCAAGUUUUUCCACUGGAGUACGGCACCAUGAAAGAUUAUCACUGUGUGUGUGAAUGCACUCGUCAUCGCAUAGAAGUGUAUUUCAAGCUUGAAAGUUUCAACGUUCACAUAUACUUGCAGUAUACAUCUCGUCACUUCUUAAAAGCGUCACACUAGCUUAGUGCAUGUAACAAGGCGUGUGCUUGUGUAAUGGCGUACUGAACAGUGAAUCUCACCUGUUUGUGACACAAUGUUCACAUGCUUCUGUCGAUUUCAUGGUGGGCUGCACCAAAAUCUCUCCCGUUUUUUUUCCUAUCCUUUUCUUGUUUUAUCGGGGGAUCCGUUUUAUUUCGUAGAAGGCACAUACUGUCCGGAGUAACUGCUUUCUCUUGUAACUUGUAACGAGUGUCACAGAAAUUCGGUGAGAUCGUGUUGAAUUUAUUCUUGGAGUCAUACCUGACGAGUUAAGAGAAAAAAAAAUUCUAGUGGUGCCAGAAUAUAAGUGCUGCACUUUCUGCACUCUGAAAAGCAACAAAAUGUCUUUUUUUUUUUGUCUGAGUGACAGUUUCUUCUGUGCCUUUCAUUACGAUGGCGACACCUAUGGCAGAAGUGAUGCUUCCCACGGCACUGUUGCAACCAUACAGCGGAUGAGAUGCGUGCCUUCCAUCAUCCGCAAGAGGGCGAAAUUCUUAAAUGGGCCAAGUUCUGCAUUUAGCUUAACUGCUUGUUUGAAAGCUGCAGUUCAGGGGUGUUAAAGCAACUUUGUUUUUUUAAUAUUCACUUUUCUUUUCCCGCGUCCUUUGUGCUUGAGCAGCGCGCAGCAACUUUCUAGCUGCUUGCUGUUUUUCCUGUGGCAUUCCAAUGUUUUGCUAUCGCAUUCAUUGCUUCGCCCUUGAGGCGAAACUGUGACUUUUUUUUAAUAUUCUUGAAAAACUGCAGUAAUAGCCAGGCUGCUGACACUUAGAAGCAAUAACAUUGCUGUGAAUUCUUUGUCACAUAUUUCUACCGCUGUUUAUCCUUGUACUCGCAUGCGCCUAGCUUCUGCAGGCCUUUGGGAAGAUAUGAAAUACACCCAAACCUCAUUAUAACAAAGUCACAUCUGCCACAAAAAUAACUUCGUUAUAUCCGAAAAUUCGUUAUAAACGUUUAUUUUUAACACUGUAGCUAUGACCAGACUAUUCUUCAUUUACUUCGUUAUAACCAAUAAUUCGUUAUAUCCGUGUUCGUUAUAGCGAGGUUUGAGUGUACGCGUUUUGAAGCUUGAGUUGUGGGAAGUGCUAUCCGGUCGUUCAUCGUUGAUGUGGUGGUGCAGGUUUAAGCGCACAUUUGUGUGACAGUUUCACACACUCUUUGACCGCUUGCGUCGCGAACUGUAAGCAGCGUUGACUUUCUUGAAUGAUGAACGUUGGAAGUAAUUGCGCUUCCGCGAGAUUUCGAAUCGAUGCUUAAGCGCUGAUGUUGCACUUGCGGAAGUUGGCACCAGAGGUGGAGAGAGUGCACAUCGCUUUCAUAUCUUUUGGCCGUUGAAAAUACACACAGU